AUGACCAUUACAAUUUCCGCGGCAUUGUUCCGCAUACUCAUAGCGCUGCCAAUCUUUGUCAUCGGUUUCCGGGCCGUAGAUAAUCUCAACAGACCAAUUACACUUACGAACGAUCUGUCGACAAUCCUCUCUAACCAGACACUUACUCUCUCUCUUCCUGGCCACAGCAACGUCGCAACAACAUACAUCCCCAUCUCCCUCACCGACAACGGCAGAGCUUCAAUCUUCUGGUGCGGCCUACUAGCUCUAUCAUGUCCUGGAGCCUAUGUCAUCGGCAAACUACAAAACCAUAUCUUUUCCCAAUUACUCGCAUUGGAUGAAGGUUCAAAGACUGUGCCAAAAGGCCAAAAAUUGAGCUUUCAUCUCCAGGGAGUGAGAAAUCUUGACGUUGUAGGUUGGAUCAAUGCGACGGGAGCAAGGGAUACGGCUAUGGCUUGGGUGUUGUCUUUGCUUGCUAUGGCUGGAAUCACGUAUGCUUCUGUUGUUGCCGGGAUUCAGAAUCUAGCCAGCGACACUGUUCUAGUGCAAUUGGAAAAGUUCUUGAACAGUGGUGAUGCAGCAGGCGAAACUGUGUUUGGAAGCUCCGACGCACAUGGAAGUUACACCCUCGAGAGCUGGACUUGCCAGAUUGCGCCAUUGCUCUUGGAGUCAAAGGAUGCUAUUCAUACGAAAGCAAGAACAGUUCUGGACCAAGCUUGUCGUGAUGGCCGCAACUCUCGCUAUUUGUUGCUCACCAUGCUGCCACUCGCCAUUUCAAUGCUGCUGUCCAUUGCCAAACCGCAUUGGUUUACUUACACCUUCGGAGCGAAGGAAAAGCCUGCUUGGAUGACAGUGCCACUCGAGGACAACGACAGCAGUCAAGAAGACGAUGAUCCUAUGGCUGGAUAUGGCGGUAAUGCAAGAGAUCAGUGGCAGUUAGAUUCUGAUUAG